AUGGCGCCGACCUCGCCGGCGGGCUCCGAGAGCACGGCUCUCGACCAUAUUGGGGAGGAACUGUGGACCCUAACUGCCUCCAUGGUCACCAAAGUGGACCUGCACAACCUCAUCACCACCAUCCAGGACACGCUGAGGAGGGAGAUAGCAGGCAUCAGGUCUGAAGUCACCACUCAAGCAGGCCGCAUCCAGACACUGGAGCAGGCACAGGAAGCGCAGAAUAGCAAACCUACCGCAACGGACACUGCAGUAGCCCGACUAUGCAACGACAUAUCGAAGAUCUAG